AUGAGGAACACAUACCUCAACAAAGAAGACAAAAAGCUCAUGAAGCCGGUGAUAGAGAAACGCAGAAGGGACAGGAUAAACCAGAGCCUUGAACAUCUAAGGACGCUUCUCUUGGAGGCUACUCAUGAUGAGAUCAGUCCAGAAGAAGGCAAGAAAUCUUCUGAGUUUGAUGGUGGGUAUGAAGAAGGGUUGAGCCAGGCCGCCACUUUCUUGAAUUCCACCGCAACCAUCUGUGAGAGGAAAAGGGACUACGUUGUUGAAAAGCUUUGUCAACACAUGGAGGAGAAAAGCCCCAAUAAUUGGGAGGACUCCAUGUCAGAUGAAUCUUUCACUGUUGACCACAACCAACACCUACCAAGCUCUCCACAAACCCAAAGACUUUCAAAAGACCGUUUAACAAUUUACCCCGAAAACCAUCCCUGCCAACCCUUCCUUCACUACCCUUCUCCCUCCAGCUCAUCAGAAACACCCACUUUCGGACAGCUCCAACAGUCCACAACACACACAGUCCAAGCUAACAGCUGCAGAAAGACUGUUCAAAGGACUCUCUUCCCUCCUACUGGUCCUUCUCCCCCUCUCGCCCCAACGCUUGUGUGGAGGCCUUGGCCUUAG